AUCAAAGUGCCUCCAAGAACUCUACCCGGUGCUAUCAAUGAAGGCAAUCGUGGAGCUUGCGAUUGGGGAUGGCAGUCUCUCUUCGCCUACGGAUGUGAUAAGAACGUAAUUGUCAUCGAUAUUGUCUCAUUUAGGGCUCUUCAAACACUUGUAGGACAUCCGGCUUGUGUAGUCAAGGUUAAAUGGUCAUUAGAAAAUUAUCAUCAUAGUCUUGGAUCACCGUAUACCUUGCGUUUAGCGUCAGCAGAUCAAGCUGGAAAUGUUAUUGUGUGGAAUGUGCAUGACGGUAGCGUAAUUGCACGUUUUUUUAAACCGGGGACAUCCGCCGUUGGUCAUUUGGAAUGGUUUCCUUCUCAGCAAGCUUCACGUGAUCUGUUAGCUGUUUUGCAUUUACCGUCAACUAUUAUUUUGUGGAAUGGGAACACUGGCACGUCGCUAUGGCAAAAAACAUUUCAUGAAACACUAAAAUACUUUGCUUUCGAUCCGUUUAAUCUAUCCAACGUAUUAGUUCUAGCACCGGAUCAUUUCAUCCACAUUACUGACUUUAACACAACACAUUCUCCUGGUCAAGUUAAUCCUUUAAUAGCAUUUGGAAUUCAAACAAAUGAUACCGUUUAUACUAUAGAAGAUCCUCUACCGGAUAAUGUUAAUACCUCAGAAACAACUACAACUACCAAGCAAGAUGAACCGUCACUAUUGGAUUGUAUACAAAUGCAAUUUACUUCUGCUUGCCGUCAUCAUGUUUUCAUCGUAUUUGCCCGUUUGAUAUUAGUAUUUGAUCUCGAAAUGAAACUGGUAAUUGGACAAAUAAAUCUAGAAAGAAAUCUUUCCCCUUUUAUGCAGAUAUAUUCAUGCCGUCAGAGGAAUGUCUUAUUUUGCCUCCAUGAAAACGGAAGUAUAUCUACAAGGAUACGUCGAGUUUCAUCAUGGAUUAGUUGCAACUCUCAAGAUUCGAAAUUUCACUUUUUAGAUUCAGUUUCAUUAUCUCCUCGCUUAAAUAUCAUAUACGAUUCACACUAUCAGACGGAUUCUAUUCGCAUUACUAAAAGCUGUCGAGUAGUUGGAUUCGGCUGUUCUCCCAUCACUGAAAAUGAUGUCAUAUUACUCUUAAGCGAUGGACGCCUGCUGAAAUGGAGGCUAAUGAUAACCUCUGAAACAUCCACUAAAUCGAAUCUAUUUGACGCUUCCAUUGUUGAGAGUGCGAUAUUCGCCAACGACAAAUCAAUGUACAACCUAGCGUUGCCAAAAAUUAAUGAAAAUAUGACAACUCUCUUUGAUCUACUAUUCCAUCAGCAUUAUGCCUCUGACGAUAUAGAAAAAAUCCAGCAAUAUGUUAUCGAUGUAAAAAUGAUUAUGACUGCUCUUUAUUGCGGAAAUUCUGUUAAACCCACCUGUCUUCGAAUGUGCCCUCCGCUAACAACGAAAAACCUAUCAUAUUAUAAGCCGCUAUUAGCUGUUGGUAACAAUUCAGGCUAUGUACAUAUUUUUGACUUAUCUAAUGGAUUCCUUACUAAAGAAUUCUCUGUUUUAACCGUGUCUAUAAAGGGAAUUGAGUGGAUUGGUGAGUGUAGACUACUGCUUUAUGGUCAUAGUAACACUUCCUUGAAUUCAAAUACUUACAGAAACGAAAUAGUUAUUCUCGACUUAAGAAAUGGUUAUAUUAAUAAAAUUCGAAACUAUGCUAAUGACUCAUCGUCUCUAGAAUCAGUUAGAGUAUCUCAUUUGAGGCAAUACUUCAUCGUUUCUUUUAAAGAUCGCCCGCUUGAAAUUUGGGACUUACAAAAUGGAAGUCUAAUUAGAGAUAUGCCCAAAAAUUUUCCUUAUCCUACGUCACUAGUAUGGCACUCAUCUAGCAAUAAAAAAAAGCCUCAAAGUUCCGAUACCUCGUCAUCAAUAGAUUCAGAAAGUUCUAUUACAAUUGAGACUAACACAUCUAAUCAACAAGGAUCGACAGUAGAGCAUUUCGUUUACAUUAGUGGAGAGGGUGUCUUGUAUCAUUUUAUGAUUAAUGGAAAUACAAUUAAAGACGGAUCGAAAAUCCCCGGUGGUGGAGGAGUUAGUACAGUUAACGAUAUGGUAUGGAAGAACGAUUUGAUAAUUAUGGGAGAUACUGAUGGCUCCUUAAUUGUUUGGGAUCUUAAAGCAAGAUUGUCAAGGGUAGUCCAAUCACAUCGUGGCAGCAUUCGUCGACUACGAAUAUCUCCCGGAAAGGGCAAUCUUAAAGUGGUUCUCUUAUUUAACGAUGGUGUAGAUAUAUGGGAUGCAUUACGUAGAGAAUGUCUGCACAGUUUAAAGAUUAGUAAAGGUGGACUGCAGAUUAUUGAUGUUGAUUGGGCUGCAUCAGACAAAGUUGUCGCUCUGUAUGAAGACGGAUGUUUAAGAAUUCUAGAUGCUACAUUAAAUACGGCCACUUCUCCGAUACCAUCAAAUGAAAUCUUACCCUAUACAUCAUUCAAUGCGUACCUCAUAGCGCCGAAAGUUUCCUUUUUAAUUAAACAACUACUUCAACAUCAGCCUUGGAAUAAAACUUACGGAUUUAAAUCUCCAAUUGAGGCUAUUGAAACGAAUGAUAAUGACUUAGCCGAUGUAGUAAUGCAACAACUGUCGCUAUUACCAAAUGGAUUGACAGACUAUGUAGAAAAUGCACCUUUUGGCACCGCUCAAAGAUGCUUAAUUACUGCCAAACUUUUUGGAGAUCAAAGCGAAAUUGAAUUUUGGACGCUAGCUCUACAUUAUCUACGAAAAGCGCACGUAAAUGAUGAUGUCGACACUAGUGCUAAAUUAAGUGAUUCAUCCAAUUGCAGUCUAGAUGCUUCGCUGGAUACCUGUUACGAUUUACUGCGCAAUCGUAAAAUCUUUCGGAAAGAUCAAUUGGAAAGAGCAUUUUUACAUGAUGCCAAACGUACUUCUUAUGCGCAAACAAACAAAUGUGAAUGUAACCUUAUUCUACUUGGGCAGGUGGAUCGUGCGAUUAAGCUAUUGCUUGAAACUAAUCCCAGUGAUGAAAAUUAUUACGCCGAUUCUUUACGAGCAUGUCUUACAGCUACAAUAUGUACAUCGGGUGCUGCUCAAAGUACUGUUAAGUUAGUUGCCACGAAUUUAAUAGCAAACGGUCGGCUAUAUGAGGGAGUACAGCUACUAUGUCUUAUUGGAAAAAAUGUAGAUGCAUGUCGUUAUUUGCAAACUUAUGGUGAAUGGGAUAAAGCAGCUUGGUUAGCCAAGGCUACAUUAAGCUCCAAUGAAUGUUUUGAUAUGUAUAGACAAUGGAUAGAUAGUUUACUAAAUUCUACGCAAGAGGAUCAAGCAAUCUUAGUAGCACUUUCUUUAUGCGAUUUUACUAAAGUUUUGGAAUUACUUUAUAGUCUACGCCUUUUCGACAGGGCGAUAUUAUUCCUAGAAGCCUGUACAGAAUUU